AUGUUUGCUGCACCAUGGGAACCAUUCCCCCGACCGAGUGGUCAGCCUAGUCCUACCGCAGCGCGACGGCUUCAGCGCGAUUUUCAAAGAUUGUUGAGCGAACCUAUCGAUGGAAUUAUUGCUGUCCCAAAUGAGGCAAAUAUUCUCGAGUGGCAUUAUGUGAUCACAGGAUCACCAGACACGCCAUACGAAGGUGGUUAUUACUACGGCAAACUACUUUUCCAACCAGACUUUCCUUGGAAGCCUCCCGCUAUUUGCAUGCUUACUCCAAAUGGAAGAUUUGAAACAAAUACCCGGCUAUGCUUAUCCAUUUCCGAUUUCCAUCCCGAGUCAUGGAAUCCUGGUUGGACAGUAUCUGCUAUUUUAGUGGGUCUUCAUAGUUUCAUGAAUGAAGAGACAUUUGCUGCUGGCGUUCGUAACGAUUCCGAUACAGUUCGUCGCAAAUAUGCUGCUGAUAGCAAAGCAUGGAAUCUUGCGGUAAUGAUUGGUUUUCUACAUUGCUCUGAUCUAAUUUUAGCCAAAGCCAAUGUAUUGGCUUCUCAUCUUAUGGUUUUUAGUGUCCUGAGUUCAAAAAGAUGUUUCCACAUCUAUAUGAUCAAAAUGACGACAAAUUGGUAUGUUCAUCGAACAUUCGUGAAAACGUUACUGGUUCUACGUCACUUGACCACAGGAGUAGUUCGAUACGUAGGACUGCGCAUAAACGACGAGCUGAAGUUCCAGUAG